CGGGUGAGGAUUUAAAAAUAAAAGAGCUUUGGGAGCUAAGGUUCGAAGGCCAGUGGUUGUGGGGGGCUCGGAAGGACAGCCAGGCCACUGCAAGGCUGUGGGCAGUGAGGCCCCCUCGAACCCGCAGGGGUUUCUGCUCCCCUGCCCGGGCGCCCCACUAGCCCCUCCUCCGCAGCCAAUGGGCUGGGGCGCCCGGAGGAGGCCACACAGCCUACUUCCUGUUUUCAAACGGGGAACUUAGCAAAGUCACGGCCCGGAGCCCAAAUGCAGAGCUGAAGGGGGCCCCAUGACACCCCUCCCGGACCCCUGGACACUCACGGGGCCAGAAGCCGCAGGUCAGAGCCCCGAAGAAUGGCAAGUGCCCCGCACCCCGGGAGCCCCGGAUGGGCAGGACUCAUGGAAGCGCCCGCCGCCAGCCCUGGCCUCCCGCCUCCAGGACCUGAAGGGGACUCGGACGCGGCUGGCAGCCCGAGCGCCCACUCCAGCAUGACCACGCGGGAGCUGCAGGAGUACUGGCGGGGCGAGAAGGGCAGCUGGAAGCCCGUGAGGCUGCUCUUCGAGAUCGCCUCGGCCCGCAUCGAGCAGGAGAGGCUGUCCAGGUUUGUGGUAAGCACCGGGGCGGGGCUGCGGGCCGCGGCUCCCCAGCCUGGACGGGCUCACACACACGCACCCGCGGUUCUGCCGGGGAGAUGCUGGGGAGCAGGGCCAAAGGGCAAGACGGCGUGCUGGGCAAGUGACCGCUGCCAUGAGGCCCGGAGGCCUGUGAGCCACGGCCCCCGAUCCCCACAAGGAGUGAGCCCUUUGUCCCACGUGACCUGGGCUUGGGCAUCUGGGUCCCCGCGCCGCGUUGCCACAUGCCUGUAUCAGUGACACUGUCACUUACCUAGGAGUUUCCUUUAAAAUGGGUCACUUCUUGGAAGACACUACAUAGAUGCUUCUCUAGGAAAAAGCCUCCAACAGGAAAGCCAGGCCCUGCGGUAAAGAGAAGGCGGUCGUGGUGCCCAGGCCGGUGUGGCUCAGCGGGCGGAGCAUCGGCCU